CAGAUCUCAUGGAGUUUGAUCAUGUUCAACAGUUGGAGCUCAAACAGACGCCAAACUUCAUUCAUGACGCCUGAAACACGCCGGUGGAUUCAUAGCUUCAUGCUGGAUAUCUUGAGUUCGGGUGUUUUUGGUAAUUCACAUCGUUUUUAUUCUCGCUGGAAACUCAUUUUAAAGCCGAUAUUGUACAUAAUGAGAGACACCAGCUGCUCCUGUGAUAGUUUGAAUCCCACAGAAGAAUGAACUGAUACUGGAGCGUCAUGGAGAUCGUAAACGCCAGAGAGGAUUGCGAAGUUUUACCAGGAGAUCACAGGUCAGUAGGUCAUGAUGAAGAGGAGAGAGAUGAAGGUGUUGAGCUGAUGGAGGUUCUGCUGACAGGAGGAUCUCCGUGGGGCUUCACUGUCAGAGGAGGACUGGAGUAUCACGAGCCGCUCAUCAUCACCAAGGUGGAGGACGGAAGUCGAGCAGCGCUGGGUCGACUCCAGAUCGGUGAUGAGAUAGUCAGCGUUAACUCGGUUCUUCUCAGCGGUUACAGACUGGAGGCCAUUUGUCUGGUUAAAAGCUCACAUAAGAUGCUCUCUCUGGGAAUAAAACGGAGGAAUGAAUCAUCAUGUAGACCCUAUUCGUGGCACUCUGCUAAAUCCACAGAUAAUCCUAACACAGACGGCCCUAAAUCUGAGCCCAGCCCUGUACCUGACCCCACUUGGCAGACAAAAUAUGAUGCAGGGUCACCCACAAAGGACUUCACCAGCUGUUGGGGACAGACCAAUCUGCGACAAGUGUCCUGCCAGUUCAGCUCAGUGGGAAAUAUGGAAAGUGUAGAGCCUUCAUCUCAUGCUUUCUCAAAAGAGCAGCCAAUAUCAAGCAAACCCAAUGGUGGAGAAGAUCAUCCAGUGUUUUUAUCAGGCACAACUGACCACAGUGCACCUCGGAGUGUCGCUCCCACAGAAGGGAUGUUUUACAGAGGCGUUACCAAUGAUCUAGGAGUUCCCAAUGACUGCCAUAGAUACCUGCAGAUCCCCAUGGGCAAUGGGGGACGAGUGAGUCCCAGUGUGGAGGAGCAAGCUAGCUCCAAAUUCUCCUCCACUGGGAGAUCCAACCACAGACCUGUGUGGCAUAUUCCAGAGAACAAGAUGUCCACAACUCAAGUUCCUCCUGCUCCUCCUCCUCCCUUGCGUAGUGAUAGUUUCACUGCCACCAGAGUUCAUGAGAAGAGCUUGGCGGGGUCUGUAUAUCCACCACAGAAACCUCACUGCAGAGCUGUGGACCGACAGUUGGAUGGUGAACGAGGACAUGAAGCGAGACACAGCUACAACCCACCUCCAAAGAAGGACUUUCUUCAGCCGUAUCUUUCGGUUGAAGACUACACAAAUCAGCUAAACCCUACCAAACUCUUUUCCCUGUCAAGCACUGAUGUAAGACAAGGGCAGAACCCAUUUAGUUACGAGCUUCAGCAUCAGAGACAGCACAGCGAUGAUAGUCCCUUUUCUGUGUACCCUAACGCUACAGGUUCACCAAAGACCCAGAGCGUUGGGAGCUACUACCGAAGCCUUCAAGAUUUGCCCACUAAUGCUGGCAGUCGAAACCAAGCCAGAACCAGCAUGGCCUUUGACCACAACUAUGAGGGCCAGGCUCAUUUCCGUUACUACUGCAUCACUGCCCAGCAGCCAUCCCUGGAAUCCUCUACGCAGGGUUGGAUAGGAGAUGAACGAAAGUCUGAAAUGGGAACCACCCAAGGUGCCACAGACAAAAGCUUUGUUGGUUCUCAAAAGGUUGUGAAGACAAAGUAUCCCCAACUCAAUCUACCUGAGAACAAGAGCUCCAACGGUUACAGUAAACAGGCUGUCAUUCCUCCAUCUCAAGCUACGUCCUCUUUACCAAAUCAUCUGAUUUCAAAGUCCGGCUCUGGGGAAAGAGAGAUUCAAAAGAAGAAAGAGACUUCCAGGCACGUACCAAAAAACCAGAUGGAGCAGAAGAACCCUAUGUCCACUCACCACCAGGACAAUCCAUGGAUCAGCAAGCAGGAUCACAAGAUCUGUCCACACAAGACCCCCAUGUUGCACUCUUUGGCCCAGGAGAGCAAGAAGUUGGCAGAAAAUAUGAUCAUAACAACUAAAGAAGGUGGUCAAGAAUCAACCGAUGCCAUCGGUGGUAAACAGGGAAGACGGAGCGACCGCUAUGCCACAACUCUACGCAACGAGAUCCAACAGAAGAGGGCUCAGCUUCAGAAAAGCAGAAGUGCAGCUACCUUGACCUGCUCAAAUGAAGUUGAGGAGGACUCUGACAUCUGGAAGUCCAAUGAGACCUCCACAUCGUCUUCUGAUGGUUCCUUCACCAACACUUACAAGGAUCAUCUGAAGGAAGCCCAAGCCAAAGUUCUGAAGGCCACGUCAUUUAUGAGGAGGGACCUGGAGCUUCCUGGGAACGAAGCUGCAUCGGGUCAACUUCCCAAAAGACCUGGGCCUGUUCAUGGGCAGGUCACCCGCAUUGGGGGUCGUAAACGGUUUCCCAUGGAUAAAAAGAUACAUUCCUUCUCUGAACCGGACAAGAUCAAUGAAGUAGGAGUUGAGGAUAAAGCAGCUGGUUCCUUUGUGGACAGGUGUAAUUUCUUUGAAGAAUCCUGCAAACCAGUUCUCCAAAAGCCCAUUCCCAAGCAGUCCCUGCUCAGUCCCAAUGAAGAUCACAAUGAGAGAAAGACAAGAUUAACUGGAGACCGUGAAAGCAUCCAUCAAGCUCCCUUAAAACAAAGUAAAUCAAGCCAUUCCGACCUUAAUACAGAGGAGCAACAACGGCUUGGUACGUUUGCUGAAUAUGAGGCUACAUGGAACCUGCAGAAAAAGCCAAUGGAAAGAAGAACCACGGGCAGAUACCGUUCAGCUGAAAACAUCCUAGACUCCGGCUUGGAGGAAUCCAACAGCACAGUGUGUGUUCAUGAAAGAUCCCGUUCCUCCCCUUCUGCUGACUUCUAUGGACAGAAAAUCCCUCUGCCACCCAGACAGUCUCCUGUGGUAUCUCAGCCUGAAGCCACGGACCAACAAGAGGCCCGUAUCACCAGAGUAUCCGAAAGGGAGCACAGUCCACUCAACAUUUCUGAGCCUCAAGAGCCUCUACCGAAAAUUCUGGAAAGUGUUGCUGCGCCUCUCGCCUCUAACCAGAGAUCCAGAUCUGACACCCGGCAGCCAGCAACUCUCUCCUCACAUCAUCUCCAGGUUCCCAUGUCAGAGCAACUGCUUCCUAAAAACAAAGGUUCUGAACUGCAGAGGUCCGCCCAACCCAAACAGCCGGAUACCAUGUUAAGGGUUCAGACCUCUUCUCCUGAGCUAACCCAAGGCCCCCGAAGACUCUGUACUUCACCAUGUCCUGCAGAACAUUUGGAGAGAGACAUACGCCUGACCCCUACACCAGAGGACGGCCAGAAAUCAGACAACGAAGGAACGUUAUCUCAUACGCCACAUCUUUUAGGUUGUUCCUCUCCCAAGCAGAACGCUGACCUGACAGUAACCUCAGCCAGCAGAACACGUUCUCCUUCUCCUCAGUUCUAUCCACAGAGGCUCACAGAUGAACCACCUGCAACUGUGCAGAAAAAGAAUCCAUGCAGUAGUAAGAUGGAGGAGCCAAACAUUGCUGGGCGGAAGGUUCCCAUACAGAUCAUCUGUGCAGAAAAUGGUUCAGAGGGGGAAAACAGAAGCUAUCUGCAACAUGGUGAAUCAUCUGGAGGCUCUGAGGUGCCUAAAACUGGCCAACUAAAAAAAAUUGAUUCUCCAGAGAAAUCCAAGUCACUGUUUAUUGCCUACACCCGCCCAGAUCCCAUCAGAAACGCAGAACAUCAGACUGAUAGGACGGUACUAGAAAACACAGAGUCGGACAGAAGCAACGGUUUGACCGAACAUUCGGAGGAGGACCUGAAACGAGAGGAGCUGGCCAGAGAUAUCAUGGGGAAAGACAAGAGUCUGGUGGAUAUCUUGGAUCAGAGUAAGAUGAAGACUACCAUGGAUCUGAUGGAGGGAAUAUUUCCACAGGGGGAGCAGCUCCUGGAGGGAGUGCAGCAGAGGAGGAAAGCGACCUCCAAACAGACGUCUCCCAAAAAUACACAGCAGAGAUUGGAGGACAGUUUGGCUUCGUCAGUGUCGUUAGUGAGCAGUUCGUCAUAUUACAGCACGUCUGCACCUAAAGCAGAGCUGCUCAUAAAGAUGAAGGACAUGCAGGAGCACAUGGAGGAACAGGAUUCAGAGGACGAACUUGAUUAUGACCUGUCCAACAAGAAGCAAGAGUUGAUUGACAGCUUAAGCAAGAAGCUGCAGGUGCUGCGAGAGGCGCGUGAAAGCCUGCAGGAGGACGUACAGGACAAUAACCUUCUGGGAGAGGAAGUUGAAGCCACCGUACAGACCAUCUGCAAACCCAACGAGCUGGAGAAGUUUCGCAUGUUCGUGGGCGACCUGGAUAAAGUGGUCAGUCUGCUGCUGUCGCUGUCCGGCCGACUGGCUCGCGUGGAAAACGCUCUGAACAACCUGGAGGAGGGAACGUCAGCGGACGAGAAGCACACUUUGACAGAGAAACGCAAACUGCUGAUUCGCCAGCACGAAGAUGCCAAAGAGCUGAAGGAAAACUUGGACCGAAGAGAACGUCUGGUGUAUGAGAUUCUGGCCAGUAACCUCAGCGAGGAGCGUCUCGCAGACUACCGGCACUUCGUCAAAAUGAAGUCGGCGCUCAUUAUUGAGCAGCGUAAACUGGAAGAUAAGAUCAAACUGGGUGAAGAGCAGCUCAAAUGUCUGAAGGAAAGUCUGCCGCUGGAUCAGAGACUGCUGUACUGACCUGUUCUCAGCUCUGAUCUGAUCAUGAUGAGAACAAGAACUGAAUCAGGAGAUAAUGAGCAUCUCUAAGCAGAAGUAUUUCUAGUGUGCUUUGGAUGGAUUUAUUACGGUCGACACAAAAUCAUCAUUCAGAUAGUCAUAGAAAUGCUUUGAAAUGAGUUUUCAUGCUUUGAAUAUCCACUCACGUUUUCAGGGACAUGCUGUCUAAAAGUUUUAAAGGAUCUCUUUUAGUCCGUAUAAAGGUUUUUCUACCUGUAUUUACAUGUUUAACUAAUUUAUUUUGCUACUGAAUGCUAAUGGUGCUAUUAACGGAAAGGUUUCUAUCAUGUUAGAUCUGCUUAUUCAUCCACACCGAAAGAUGUUUUACUCAUUUUGAUGUAAAUGUUUUAAACUUUCCUGUUUGUUUGUUUUUUAACUUAAUGAAAUAACCAUCAUUUGUAGGAAGCUUCAGAAUAUCUCAUCUUGAAAAAAUCCUUUCAAUCUCAUAUUCCUGCUCUCCAAACUCACUGUGAACCAGAAUAAUCUUUUAUUGCAGGCAGGUGAUAUACUGUUCAUAGAUGCUGUUUCAGCGCACUUCUGCUGCAAUACAUUUGGAAUAAAAAUAAAAAAUAUAUACUGGAA